AAGUUGAGGCGACGACGAGGACGACGAGGAGGACGACCGCCGCCGCCGCCGCCACCAUGACGGGGUUUCGGGGGCUUCUGAGGGCGCAGCGCCUGGGGCGGAGAGCGGUUUCAUUACUUCACCGGUUUCAGAGUACACUGGUAAUAGCUGAACACACAAAUAAGGCUCUUACACCUAUUACCCUAAAUACCAUCACUGCAGCAAAACGGCUUGGAGGUGAAGUAUCAUGUUUAGUAGCUGGCACCAACUGUGAAAAGGUGGCUCAAGAGCUGAGCAAGGUGGAAGGGGUUGCCAAAAUUCUUCUCGCUCAGCAUGAUGUGUACAGAGGACUUCUGCCUGAGGAGCUGACUCCAUUGAUUUUGGCAACUCAGAAGCAGUUUAAUUACACACACAUCUGUGCUGGAGCAUCUGCCUUUGGUAAGAGUCUUCUUCCAAGAAUAGCAGCUAAGCUUGAUGUUGCGCCUGUCUCGGACAUAAUUGAAAUUAAGUCACCUGACACGUUUGUGAGGACUGUUUAUGCAGGAAAUGCCCUGUGCACUGUGAAGUGUGAUGAGAAAAUAAAGGUGUUUUCUGUACGAGGUACUUCCUUUGAAGCUGCACCAGUAAGUGGUGGUAGUGCUAGUUUAGAAAAAGUAUCGGCUCCUUCUCCAGCUGGUCAAUCUGAAUGGAUUGAGCAAAAGCUAACAAAAAGUGAUCGACCAGAACUGACUAGUGCAAAGGUUGUUAUAUCAGGUGGUCGAGGUUUGAAGAGUGGAGACAACUUCAAGUUGCUGUAUGAUCUUGCAGAUCAGUUGCAUGCUGCAGUUGGCGCGUCUCGAGCAGCUGUUGAUGCAGGCUUUGUACCCAACGACAUGCAGGUUGGACAGACUGGCAAAAUUGUAGCACCGGAACUGUACAUUGCUGUUGGAAUAUCUGGAGCAAUUCAGCAUCUAGCUGGAAUGAAGGAUAGCAAGACCAUAGUAGCUAUCAACAAGGAUCCAGAAGCACCAAUAUUCCAAGUUGCAGACUAUGGUUUGGUAGCAGACUUGUUUAAGGUUGUUCCUGAGUUGACAGCGGCAUUGAAAAAGUGAAAACGUCCAGGUGUUUUGGGCAGAAAUUGGUGUGACUUCAGCUUUGAGAUAAAUGAAUU